CAUGUCAUGUCUGCUUAAUUUUGUGUGUUUGAUGCUUGGAGUUGCUUCUGUCUGUCUGUAUCUGCAUCUGAGUCUCAAAACUAGUAUUUCUUGUUCCAAAAUUAGUGUUUUGUUGGAGCUUUCUUUUUCAGUCGGCCUAUCUGAUAUACAUACAUACACUUUAUUACUGAGGACCCACCCGCAAUUUCUUCAAAGAACUCAAACUAGAGCCAUAUAUAUAUAUAUAUUGAGAACAAAAACAGUAAGACAAUAUAUCUCUUACUAUUUUGCUUAUAUUAAAUUUCAAGUUAUAACCUGCUCUCAUUGUUCCCCAUACAUGUAUCACUCAUAUAAAAUAGUAUGGGGAACGAUCUCCAAGAUUUGCUCUUUUAGUCUUUGGUUAUGAUGUAUCUAUCUCUAUUUACAAUAAAGUUUUCGUGAGUUUACUGUUACAUGUUGUUAACAUGAAUUACAGUCUAUUUGGACUCACUUAUUUCAUUUCCUCUUCCGCCACAUGCUUUUCUCUGUCGCAAAUACAUCUUCUUUGUUUAACAUCUAUGAUUUUUUCCCACAGUAACGUCUACUAUCUGGAAAAAAUUAAUUUUUGUGAUUGUUUAUAGCGAUAAACUUCAUAUGUUCAUUGCCAAUGUCGAUAGGCUGUCCAACACUUUGUCUCUAUGCUGGUAAAGUAGUACAUUUCUGCUUAUUUAAGUGUUCAUCGAUUCUUGGUGAACUACUUUGAACUCUGCAGAUCCUCAUUUCAAAACUAAUUUUUUUCAAACACCUCAAAAGUGCUUCAAUGCAAUGGACUCUUUUGUUGCUCAGUAACAUAGUAGAUUAGAGUUUCUUAUUUUCUUUGUCACAGGUCGCAUUUGGAGUCUGUGUGUUCUGUUCCCACUAAAACCAUUUGGGUCUUUUCCUCGUGUAUAUCAGUUCUGAUCUCUUCCAUUUUCGGUCAAAAUUAUAGAUGAGACAGAGGAAGAGGGAGAUGGAAGUGGACACACACAAUGCAUCCAUAUUUUCCCUAAAGAAAACAAGUAUGAUGAAUAUGUGUUUGUGGAACAAAAAAAUGGAGGGCAGCAGGUCCAGGUUGAUGGAAGAAAAAAACAAAAAAAGAUCACUUGAUUGGGAAUUUGAUAUAAAAAGCAUGGCAGAAGAUAUAAAUCUUGUUUUGAAAACCAUGGUUUGGAUUCUAGGAAAUCAUAAAAACACAACUGUUCUCCAGUUUAAAUUGUUGUUGAAGAGCUUACAAAUUCAAAAGCUAUUCAUGACCCUUGUUCUUAGGGUUCUCAACAAGGAAUAUGCUUGUGAACAAGAGACAUUGAAUAAGAUUUGGGAUUUGAAGAUGGAGCAUAUGAAAUUGAUUACCGAUGCACGUGCUGAGUUGAACAAGAUUGGGAAUGACAAACGGAAGAAAAAGAAGAGGAAGAUGGAGAAAUUAGUUGAGGAUGAUGAAAACAACAACGUUAUUGAUCAUGAUGGAAAUCAACUCGUUCUAUGCGUUGAAAAAUUGCAAGAGUUACAAGAGGAGUUGGAGAAGAUUAACAAAGAGGGGAGUGGUGAGUUGUUGAAAGUUGCGCAAAAGUACAAUCGGAACCGUCAACCGUUCUAUGACAAGAGAACAAAUAUUAUUAAAGAUAUUCCUGGCUUUUGGUCGACAGCUUUCCUGAGGCAUCACGUACUUGGUGGGCUUGUAUGUACUGAAGAGGACUGCAAGAUUUUCGAGUUUCUAAGCUCAAUCAAAGUGGAAGUCUCUCAAGAUGUCAAAUCAGGUUAUAUCAUUAUCUUCAAUUUUGAUUCAAAUGAAUAUUUUGAGAAUACAAAGCUUUGGAAGAAGUAUGGGUGUACUAAAAUUAGUGCAUCGUCAAUACAAUGGGCACAAGGCAAGGGAGUUGAUGAACGAAGCUUCUUUAAGUGGUUCAGUGAAGUUGAUAAAAUGGAUGAAAUCGGUAAGAUAAUCAAGGAUGAGCUGUGGUCCGAUCCUCUCUUUUGUUUUCAUCACGAGGCAGAUGAAGAUAAGGUAGUGAAGGACAGUGAAGAUGAAGAACAAAAUGAUUAGAGGUUGGGCCCUUGUUAUUCAAAUGCCUUAGAAAUGGUUUUGCACUAUUCACAAACUUUACAGCAGGGGCACUCUAUAAAUGAGGAGUUUAAAUUGUCUCAUCUUCAUGAUUUGGUAUUAGUCAUGUGUACAAAUUUCUUUUGUUUAAAGGUAUAUAUGAAAUUUUAUGUCCAUAGAAAGAAGAUUCAUUGUCCGUUUAUUCAGAUGUGUGAUCUCAUCUCCUUAGCAAUAGAACUGCUUAAUUAGUUCGUGGUGAGCUUGCUGAUUAAUCUGAGAAUGGACUAGAUUGUAGCACAUUACAAGUAUUUCUUUAUGUACAGUAACAUUG